AAAACUCCUGUCCCUCCACAUCAUUGAGGAGGGAUGCUAUGAGAAAGACGUCGCCUUCCAGGUCUCAUUAGGAGACCCACGGAUCCUGGAUGACGAGGAAGCUGAGGACGAAGUUCCAGAGGACGACUCGGGCAGCCGGCUGCACCGGCAGCAGCAGCAGCAGAUGCAGCGGCUGCAGGAGCAGCUGCAGCAGCAGAAGGCCCAGGGCCAGCCGGGCCAGCCCAACGGCCGGCCGCCCAACACCAUUCCAGACACGCCCGAGAACAGGAUCGCCCUGCUCGGGCUGCCCACCCUUAGUGACGUCUUCCAGGUCACCGUGCGCAUCAGGGAGAGCAAAGAGUUUAAGAGUACCGUAGACGCCAUGAUGCAGCGGGGGACCGGCCCCAUCCUAGGAACAUCCACAUGGAAAGAGCAAUUCGUAGAAGCCUUUAGUGUAUCACCAGAUCUCGGAGGUGGUGAUGAAGAAGAAGACGGGGGAUCACCUUCAUGUGGAGAUUAUAUUAUGCAUUUCUUCACGUUUCCAUUUAAAUUUUUAUUUGCCUUCGUUCCACCUACAGAUUACUGUCACGGCUGGGUGGCGUUCUGGGUGUCCAUCCUCUGGAUCGGCUUCAUGACCGCCAUAAUCGGGGACGUGUCCUCGCACUUGGGCUGCAGCGUGGGGCUCCUGGACAGCUGUACCGCCCUGUCAAUUGUGGCCUUGGGCACCAGCCUCCCAGACACUUUUGCCAGCAAGGUGGCGGCGCUCAAUGACAAGUACGCGGACGCAUCCGUGGGAAACGUGACGGGCAGUAACGCCGUGAACGUGUUCCUUGGCAUCGGCAUCGCGUGGACGCUGGCUGCGUUACAUCACUGGUGGCAUGGCGAAAAGUUCCUUGUGGACCCGGGAAAUCUCGCCUUCAACGUGACCAUCUUCUGCGUUGGGGCUUUGAUCAGCAUCUUUGUGAUGAUGGUGCGUCGAAUGCGGUGCGUCGGAGGCGAGCUCGGUGGGCCCAAAGUCUUCAAGUACAUGACGACGGGUCUACUCCUCAUGCUGUGGUUCACCUACAUCACCCUGGCGUGCCUAGAGGCGUACGACGUCAUUGAGGGCUUCUAGGCGAUCUGGCAUGGGCCUGAACGGCCUGGACUGUUACGGCCCGGCGAAGUGAUCCGAGUGAAGCCACAUUCCUAAGCACAACUAAGCUCAGGGGACAGACGUGCUCCCGAGGGGAGUGCGCUGCACCUGGAGCCUCUGACGGCCUCUGGUCUCCGCAGGCCGGAGCACUAUAGCGUGUCCUACGUACAAAUGGAAUCGUCAGGCCACGCCAGGCGCGGCAGCUGCUGCGCUCGGUGGCUGGUUCACCUUCUAUGAUCCACAAAUGAGAGGCAGCCGGAGGCAGCUGGCCUGAGACGGAACGGAGAUUCGUUACUCGAACGGCUGAGCUCGGACGUCUCUUGAUCUUAUCGAGCGCGGACUAUGGUUGAGAUCUUCAAAACGCUCGUCGAUGACUUUUAAUGACUACAUCAUUUCUUCCUUUCAUCAAAUAUUUCGACUCCUUCUUUCCGAUUCUUAUUGUCCUUUGUUGUGUUUAUCUCUCUUGUUUCUGUGUACACUUUCUUCUCUUAUUCGCUUUCCUUAAAUGUAUACAUCGACUUAUCAGAGGCAAGAAGGAAUAUGCGCACUGUGUGCGCACCUUUUUAUCACCUUGUCUUCCCCCUGGUUUAAUUUCAGGGUUGGACUCCUUAAUUUUGUUGCAGGUGACUUAUUGCAACAACUUGCUCAUGUAAUAUAUCUUCCACGCCAAAUGGGCUUUGCCAUCUUCCAUAUCCCCCAAAAGAGAGUAAAGAACACUUUAUAGUUAGUGAGUGAAGAGAACUGGAAUCAAGAUAGAUCAAGGUGGGAACUUUAUUCGAACUCAUUAAUUUUAAGCCUAUCCAAAGUAGGUCGGUUGACUCCGAAAAGCGGAUGAGCGUGCAAAAAAAAGAAUUAAAAAGGAAAGAAAAGAAAUACAUAUAUGUAAUCAGUUUACCGAUCAAUACUCACAAUUACUAUAUUUUGAAUCCAUGAGGAAUCUAAUUAUCUAUAAUGCAGAUAAUUAUACCAGUAAUUUACCAAUAUCUAUAAUUUACAGCAUCAUAUUUUUCUUUAUAUAAUUUUUUUCUGGGCAAAGGUACACAAUUACUUCGGUGUCCCCUGUUGUAUUGUUCUAGUGUGCCAUUUUUGUAAUGCACACAAAUAAAUUCAGCACAACUUGAAAUUUGGCUUAUACACGUAUUAAAGAUUUCAGCUUCUUUUAAAUGAGCAGGCCACAAAUUAUAAAUGCUGCGUGGUAUCUGUGUUCUCUAACUAAAAUAAAUUGCAGGAUGACAUACCAAAAAAAUUGUUUCAUCCACACACACACACAAAACAAACAAAAAAAAAACAUUGCUGCAGACAGGUAGUUGCUUUUAAAAGCAUGGUUUCGAUCAGAGCAAUUAGCCUGAUAUUUCACUGCCAUUUCUCACCUUGCUACAUCUCAUCCAUGAGCAGCCAGUUAGAUCUUUUUUACAAUGUAUCAAGCUCUCCAUUUUCUUUUCAAACUGUGAACACCCAUGUUGUCACAGAGGUCUACUGAAUAUGUAUCUAUACAUAUUUGUAAAUAAAUAAAAUUAGUAUAUUGUGUAUUUUAUGGUUAUUGAAAGAUAUAGACUGUAUGGUUGGGUUUGAAUGUGGGUAAUAGGCUGACUGUUCCAUAAAAAGCCACAUGUUUUAUAGUCUGUUACUGUUACUUGUAAAUACUGUUAACUGAAAAUGUGAAUGUGAGCAUGAAUUAAUACAAACCACUACAUCAGUGGAACAUGGUUGUGUGUAAGUUUCGUCAGCAAUUCAGAGAUUAAUCCAGAAUCUGUUAGCAAAAGAUCUCCCAACUCCUGAGUUUUAAUUCUUUCUGGGUUGAAAGGUAAAUAUGAACUGCCAUUUUCAUAACCAUACGUAUCACUCUCAUCAUUUUUUUGUCAUUGAGUUGAAACACGAAGAUGAUAGUGAACCGUCCCACCUUUCAUCUCUACCUACACAAUCUUCCUUCAUGUGUUGCUCGAUGAGUAUUGUUUUCAAACUUAAGAUCUAUUGUUGAUCUGUUAUUAAAGUUAUUUUUGAUGUUUUGAUUUUUUAAAAGUGUAAACAUCAUGUACAAAAUAAAGGGAUUUACAUGUAAGAAA